AUGUUCGGAUCCGUUUUGGCAACAAUUUUGAUACUUCAGUCCCAAACUGGACAAAGUACUGCCCGUAACGUGGACAAUGGUGGCGAUCAAGUUUGUUUGGAGGAGGGAUUUCAAAAUGCGGACUGUUAUGACACACCCUCUGUCCGAUGGUCUUUUGAUGCGCAUCUACAUAUCUGCAAACGAUUCACUCACUCGGGAUGCAGUCGAUCGAAUAAUUUGUUCUGCUCCGAGUUCGACUGUGUCGCCAAAUGCCAACGAUACUACAACCCAACAUUGUUGAAUACAACUGAGUUCUACCAAAAGUCCAUAUUGAAGCGACAAAUUGUGGACCGGUUUUCGCUAAUCAAUCGCCUAUGUUUCAAGCGAUAUCAGAUCGAUCCAGCCAAAGAGUGCCAUUUCAAUAGGAUCACAGCUUGGUAUUACAACCGGUUGAGGAAAGAAUGUCGAAGCUAUGAGGCGUGUGCCCCCAGUCACAUUAUUUACAGGAAUCAGGAAGAUUGCGAGCGGAAAUGUCGCCCUCUUUACGAAGAUAUCGAUCCAUAUUCUCGGAUUUACCAUGGCAGAAGUUUAGUGACAUUCCCUCAAUCCUCAAGUCCCAUGAGGAUGAACCAGGCGAUGAACGACUAUGGGCAAGAACGAGACGACGAUCCAUCGCUAGAUGAAUUGAGUGACAAAAUUGAAAAUUUGUUGGAACAUUUGUGAAUAUUCUGCUCUUCGGAUUUCAAGUUGGCUCCACGUUAUCAUAAUUCAAGGCUCGACCGUGUAACCCGAUUCUAAUCGCCCGACCAAGUCUAUUGUUUGUUAGUGGUAGUCAUGGCGAUUGAACACCAUUCUAAUUGUGUUCUCCAUUAUUGUGAAACGACUCACUUGGUAACACGGGUGGGUGGGCGGUUAUUAUACCUUUGUUGCUAACGUCUGGUCGAAAAAAAACACAACUCCUCGCCUGCCCGAAACCUGGCCGAACAAGAACGCCCGUUUCGAAUGAAUGCUUUGUUGGUGUGAGAUUGUACGAACAAAAUGAUUGGCUACAAAGUUGAAGUGCAAUGUUUAUUGAACUUUUUAUAUGCGCAUAAUAGGCCAAUUGCACGAAUCCUGAUCGUCGAUUGACUUUUUUGAUGUGAAACUUGAUUAGCAAUAGAAUGGAAUUCCAUUAGUAUUUUUUCGGUCAGGCUCAAGUCUCUAUUGAGUGUUUAUUCGCACUGAUCGAACUGAGGUGGAUUGGGAGUUUGAGCCUCGUCUUAAAGGGUAUCAUUCGCGAGAUGGAAUUA